AUGCUCGCCGCUGUACCACUUGAGGACCACUCAAUUGAGUUUCGAUUGGCCGUGCCUGAAGGAGAAGGGUAUAUUGGGAAUCCAGACGAUUACGUAGAUAUAGUUGGUGUUGGAGAAAUGGUAAACAAAUUGCCUUGUGGACAUGGAUAUCAUGAGGAUUGUCUCAUACCAUGGUUGGGGUCGAGAAAUUCGUGCCUUGUAUGUAGGUAUGAGUUGCCGACAGAUGAUGCAGAGUACGAGGAAGAAAGGAAAAAGAGAGCUACUGCUGCCGCUGCCCCGAGUUCUUCUUCCGGUGGCAUUGGCGGUAUUAGUGGUGAUUACGAGAUUCAGUUCUUCUAA